AUGCAGAAAUUCGGCUGCCCGGAGCGAUUCACUCAAAAGGUGCGUCAGCUGCACGACGGUAUGAUGGCGCGAGUCACGAACAACGGAGCUGCCUCAGAGACAUUCGCAGUGACCAGUGGAGUGAAGCAGGGCUGCGUACUGGCGCCUAACCUCUUCAGUCUUAUAUUCUCUGCCAUGCUGAUGGACGCCUACCGCGACGAACGCCCCGUGAUCCGCAUCGCCUACAGGAUGGACGGUCACCUGCUGAAUCAACGGCGGAUGCACUUCCAAUCACGCGUAUCCACAACAACCGUUCACGAACUCCUCUUCGCCGACGACUGCGCCCUGAACACCACCUCAGAAGAGGAGAUGCAACGGAGCAUGGACCUGUUCUCCGCCGCCUGCGAGAACUUCGGUCUGGUCAUUAACACGCAGAAGACGGUGGUGAUGCACCAACCGCCACCCAACUCAGCCACAGCCCCCAACGCGUCGCCGCAAAUCAGCGUGAAUGGGACCCUACUGCAAGUGGUGGAGAUCUUACCGUACCUGGGCAGUACUCUCUCCCGCACCACCAAGAUUGAUAACGAAGUCGCCAACAGGAUCUCGAAAGCCAGUCAAGCCUUCGGUCGUCUCCAAAGCAUAGUUUUGAAUCGUCACGGUCUUCAGCUGAGCACGAAGCUGAAGAUGUACAAGGCCGUUAUCCUGCCGACGCUACAGUACGGAGCAGAGACCUGGACGGUGUACACGAGGCAGGCACGCCGUCUUAACCACUUCCACCUCAGUUGUCUUCGUCGCAUCCUGCGGCUGAACUGGCAGGAUCGCAUCCCCGACACUGAUGUGCUGGAACGAACGGGAAUGCUCAGCAUCUACUCCAUGUUGAGACAAAUGCAGCUGCGCUGGAGCGGCCACCUGGUGCACAUGGACGACGAGCGGCUACCCAAACGACUCUUCUACGGAGACGUCGCGACGGGUUCCCAUCGUCAAGGAGGCACAAUUCGUCGAUACAAGGAUACCCUGAAGUCCUCCCUGAAGCUACUGCAAAUCAACCCGACCAACUGGGAAGAGCUCGCCUGCGAUCGUCCGGCAUGGAGGAGAACAGUGAAGACGGGCGCUGCUAUCCACAAAACCAACCGCAUCGCCGCCGCCAAAGCGAAACGCGAAGACCGCAAAUCACAACUUCGCCCAGUUCGCAACGCCGCCGCACAACCUCUCCCUACGUGUCCUCGAUGCCACCGGACAUUCUGGGCUCGAAUCGGACUUGUUGGACAUCUUCGGAUUAACUGCGCCCCUCGAACUGCACCAACCAUCGUCCCCCCGCCUGCCUCUUCUUCCUCCUCUCCGCCGCCAACUAACCCUGAGAAUUCUUCUGACUUACCACUUCCAUCAUCCUCCUCUUUCUCCUCCUCCUCCUCCUCCUCCUACUCGCCCACUGCUCCAACGGCGGCCGCUCAGGCGACUGUCCCGCGCACAGCAACCGACACUACCACCACCUCCCCCGAAUCCAGAAAUGAGGAUCAGGACUACACCUGCCCUCACUGCGACCGUAUCUUCACCUCACACAUCGGCCUGGUCAGUCACUUCCGAAUCUAUCGCACAGAGACUGGCGAACCAGUGCGUGAAGCACCAAUUUACACCCAUCGCGCUCGCCUCCACUGCCCACACUGCCCUCGAACCUUCACGCGUCGCAUGGGCUUUUUCGGCCUCAUGCGCAUCCACGAGAGCGGACUUGACCGCACUCCCGACACAUCCACCACAUCCAACACAUCCACCGUGCACACCCACUUCCUCGUUUCAUCCGUCCGCGCCACCACCACAACCACCACCGCCUCCUCUGUAGCUGACACUGACACCGCUGACUUCUCAUGUCCACACUGUCCACGCACAUUCACCGCACGCAUCGGCCUGGUCGGUCACUUUCGAAUCCAUCGCACAGAGACUGGCGAACCAGUGCUUGGAGCACUCACCUAUACCCACCAAGCUCGUCUCAACUGCCCACACUGUCCUCGCACUUUCAGGCAUCGCACGGGCCGAUUCGGCCACAUGCGCAUCCAAGACGAUCUGCGGUAG